ACAAUCUCUAUGCCAAUGGCUGAGGAAAAUUGGACAACAGUGGAUGAGUUUGUCCUCCUGAGCUUCUCUACCCUGCAACCUGAACUUCAGAUGCUGCUCUUUGUUCUUUUUCUUACCAUUCAACUUGUCACCUUGUUGGGCAACACCCUCAUUAUAGUGGUCACUACUGCAGACUCAGCCUUGCACAGUCCUAUGUACUUCUUCCUCAGGAAUCUUUCUGUGUUAGAGAUCGGCUUUAACAUGGUCAUUGUACCCAAGAUGUUGGAGACUCUACUGGCUCAUGAUACAACCAUUACCUUUCUAAGCUGUGCCACUCAGAUGUAUUUCUUCUUCUUCUUUGGAGUCUCAGAGUGCUGUCUCCUGACCACAAUGGCAUAUGAUCGUUACGUGGCCAUCUGUGAUCCCCUGCGCUACCCAGUUAUCAUGAAUCACAGGGCCUGUGUCCAUUUGGCUGCUGCUUCAUGGCUAACAGGUCUUCCUGUAGCCACUGUACAGGCUACAUGGCUCUUUAGCUUCUCAUUCUGUCAUUCCAAUAAGGUUAACCACUUUUUCUGUGACAGCCCACCUGUGCUAAGUCUGGUCUGUGGAGACACAACAUUGUUUGAAGUCUAUGCUAUUAUAGGGACCACUUUGUUUGUCAUGAUACCCUGCUUCUUUAUACUGAGCUCUUAUGCCCGUAUCGUUGCUGCCAUCCUCAGGAUGCCCUCAGCUGAGGGGAAGCGCAAAGCCUUUUCUACCUGCUCCUCUCAUCUUGUGGUAGUCUCCCUUUUCUAUGGAUCUCUCAGUCUCCUCUAUUUUCGGCCUAAGUCCAAUAACUCUCCUGAAAGUAAGAAAGUAUUUUCACUCUCCUAUACUGUGGUGACGCCCAUGUUAAAUCCCAUCAUCUAUAGCCUGAGGAAUAAUGAAGUAAAGGCAGCACUUUCUAGGACUUUCCUCAGGGCAUUAAGUUUUUGUAAACUGUAA